AUGCAAUCACUGGAGCAAGUGCUCGACCACAUCCCCGCGCAGUGGGCCAGGGACGCUGGACAGUUCUUUCAAGACAAGAUCGUGGAAAUCACCCAGACCCCAGUGAAGGUGGCCAUCUGUGGCGAGUCCGGCACGGGCAAGUCAACGCUCAUCAACACCCUGCGCGGCUUGCCGCCACCGCCGCUCGGUUGGGUGCCCCCGUCGGACGACCCCACCCUCCCCGCGCAGGUGGACAUCGAGGAGUGCUCGAUGGAGCCACGGGCCUAUCGCCACCCCGCCUUCCCUUCGGUCGAGUUCUGGGACCUGCCGGGGUGCGGCACCGUCAACUUCCCAAUCGAGGAAUACGCCGAGCGAGUGGGGUUGGCCAUGUUCGACUUCUACAUCAUCAUGGACUGCGGCCGCUUCAGGAGUACGGACGUCUUCCUGGCGAACCUGAUUGAAGUGGAGUACCGCAAGCCGUUCUUCUUCGUGCGCUCCAAGGUCGACGUGGACGUCGACAGCGAGAGACGGCGCGCCAAGGCCAACCGCGUGCCAUUCGACCCGAAGCAGGUCCUCGAGAAGCUGCGCAGCGGCAACAUCAAAAAGACUCUGGGAAAUCGGGCUGACCAGGCACGUGCAUCGUUCCCCUGGCAUCAUGUGUUCUUCGUGAGCGGGCACUUGGAGGAUGCACAGUUGUACGACCUCCCUCUCCUGCAGAAGGCCGUGGUCGAGUCUCUGCCAAGCAAGGCCCAACGCAACAUGCUUCUCUUGUCCCUGUCGUCCUGGAGCCUGGCGGCUGCGGUACCCAUUCCGGGCCUCUCGAUCGCCGUCGAUAUGGGCAUCCUCGUAGGCAUGGCGCGCCACUUCGUGAACGCGUUCGGCCUGAGCGAGCAGAACGCCAUCGCGCAGGGUCUCAUGGAGAACGCCAGCAGCGCGGAGAGGGUGCGGCUGAUCCUGUCGACCACCGCCAAGUACGCCACGACCAAGGGGGUCAUGGCGCUGCUCAAGGUCUGUGCCACGCAGACCGCGGUCGAGGAGGUGGCCCGGUAA